AUCAUAGCUGGAUUACUUUUAACAUGACAUGGAAAACUACCUCUCCCAUGAAGCUUUGCAGCUGCAGUUUAUCCUUUGUUUUCGCCAAUAGAAGCAGGCUUAUUCAAGGGGUGUAACUUCAGAGUCUCCCGUGACAUUUGUUCUGUGUAUAAAGCCAGCUGUAGUUGAGCUUUAGCAUCACUGUUACAUCUGUGGAUUCUCGUGUAAAUAUUUUAAAUAAACCUUGGUUGUUUAGGCUCCCUGUUUCUUAGUAGUGAGAAAGCAGAGAGUGUAAAAAAAAUGGAUGCAAUAUUCAGCUGCAGGCUAGAGGAUAUGGAAGAUUAUUAUAGCUUGCUGGGAUGUGAUGAAUUAUCUACAGUUGAACAAAUCGUUGCAGAGUUUAAAGUUAGAGCUCUUGAAUGCCAUCCAGACAAGCAUCCCGGAAACCCUCAGGCUGUGGAGAAUUUUCAGAAGUUGCAGCAUGCCAAAGAGAUUCUUUCUAAUGAAGACAGCCGUGCCCGUUAUGACUACUGGCGAAGGAGCAAAAUUGCUAUCCCAUUCCAGCAGUGGGAAGCCCUGAGCAACUCGAUGAAAACAUCAAUGCAUUGGGCUGUCAGAGAUAAAAAAGAGCCGAUGUUGGAUGCUCCCAAUUCAAAUCGUAAUGACAAGAUGGCUGAUCAUUUUUCGCUGAAGACAGAACUCAACAGGGAUGAUUUAUUCCAAGAUAGAAAGGAAAUGGAGGAUUCUCAAAUGUUUGAUGGGAAACCAAUGUCACCAAAGACCCCAGAUUCGCCAGAUCCAAAUUGCUGGCACCUGCGUUUUCGUUGGUCGGGUGACACUCCAUCUGAACUUCUGCGGAAAUUUAGAAAUUAUGAAAUAUGAAGCAGAACAACAGAUAUGUAUGAAGGAUGAAAUGUGGUUUUCAGUGUUUCAAUAUUUUUGUAUAUGUUUAUUAAAGAGCGGCUGCUUGUAUGUGUAUAUAUACACUAUCUGUUAGAGAUGUGCUUACUUUGAAAAUGUUUCAAAAGAGGUCCUUCAGAACAGGCUUCAGAACGCAUGCAGUGUAUGCAAGGAAACCAUGCAGCUGACCAUCUUUUUUCAGGUGAACUAGAGAAAAGAUGCACCGUAUUUUCCGGCGUAUAAGACGACUUUCUAAAGCAUGCAAAUUGGCACCGAAGUCGGGGGUCGUCUUAUACGCCGAGUCGUCCUAUACGCCGGAAAAUACGGUAGCUGUUUUAAAACUUGCAUCCGGAAUUGGAUCCUUAAAGCAGCAGUAGCAGCAUUUUUCAAAUUUGGAUGCUGCUGUAAUGAUUAGCAGAGAGGUGCUGUGUUCAUGCAACGUUUGAAGCACCAAUUUCGGAACUAUUUUUGAAAUUUGUGCGGCUUCAGAAAUAUGUGUACCUUGUGCAGUUAUAUAUAGUGUUUUAAAUUUUGUAAUAUUAUUCUUGUAUAAAUUAUAAUGUAAAACAUUACAGCUUCUGAACUAGAUUCCUUCAUUGCAUGGAUAAUAUGUUGGUGCAUUUAGUCUUGUUUCCAAAACUGUAUCCUUAACGAAAUCUGCUUCCUAUAAAUGUAAAACCAUUAAGAAAAUUAUCUGCAGUCACCUUAACAUUCUGCAUUUCUAACGUAUUUCCAGCUAUAUUUAUUCUAUGGAAAUGAAUUCACAGAUUUUAGCCCCUCAGCUCUGUCAUUCCCAUCUCCUAAAAGCCUGCUGGACUUAUAAAUGCCUCCUUUUUUUUCUUGCUUUAUCCUGUUGUUUGGGAAACGUUCUAAAUUAUAUAGGUAAUUCUAUCUCCAUGUCAUUCUUCAAAGUUCACUUUUUCUAAGAAACAUUUCAUCUAACUCUUUACAUCCUUCACCUCAGCAAAACUGCAUACUUAUCUUGCUGUUCUUAAUAUUUAGGGUCAAAAUAUAUACCAUGUUAGAGUUACAUGUAUUUUUGCUAUACGUAAAAGUAUCUAUAACAGUGAUGGUGAACCUUUUAGAGACCGAGUGCCCAAACUGCAAUCCAAAACCCACUUAUUUAUUGCCGGGUGCCAGGUGGGCAUGGCCCACUGGGUGGGUGCGGCCAAGGUGGGCGUG